AUGGACCCAUCUGUCCUGAGGUCCCUUCCCACUAUCCAGGAGUCUGAUCCUGCAGGCCUAGAUUUCGAGUCUGCUCGCCACGAUUACUUCUCUGCUGGCCAUGAAUUGGACUCUCUCUACCAAGAAUUGGACCUUGAUUCUCUGAAUGAAGAUCUUUCUCCAUCCAUGCCAGAUACCUCUGCGGGUACAUCUCACUCCCAUCCAACUUCUGAACCAGAAAAUCUAACAGAGGCCCAGCAAACAGAGCUCAAAUCUGAGCUCACUAAAUUGGAGGCAGAAAUCUUAACCCUACGCGAUGUGUUAGCAGCCAAAGAGAGACGUUGUGGGGAACUCAAGAAGAAGUUGGGCCUCACAGCCUUGGUGGGGCUGAGGCAGAAUCUCUCCAAGAGCUGGCAUGAGGUUCAGGUCUCUAAUACCUACAUGAAACAAAAGACCUCAACUACUCUGUCCAACAUGGGCUCGGCCAUCUGUAGGAAGCUUGAAGAUAUGAAAAACUCGGCCACUUUCAAAUCCUUUGAAGGGCUGAUGGGGACAAUUAAGUCAAGAGUUGUAGGUGGCAGAGAACUUGACGGUGACUGCCUUCCUACAUCGGUGGGGAACGCUAAUGAUCCCCUCUCGAUUCCAGGCAGUAGAGAUGAUGCUAUUCCAAUGCCUGAAGAUCACUUGCUCCCUUCCCACAAACCAGAAUGA